ACACAAGAGCGGGCUCCUGGUUUGUGAUGACGUCCCUGGAGGGGGCGGCUCCUGGAGAUGAGGCCAAAGGGGCUGCCCCAUCCUGCUGACGUCAGGCCCCAGGUGCGGACGGGCGCCAGUGCGCAGGCGCCAGGGCCCAGCGCAGGCGCACGGGCGUCAGGAUGCGGCCUGUUUCUCCCGGCGUGCUCCGCGGCUCCUGGCUCACAGCCGUCCCUUCGCUGGUGGGAAGGAGCCGAGAUGGCGGCAGCCAGCGCUGGGGCAACCCGGCUGCUCCUGCUCUUGCUGAUGGCGGUAGCAGCGCCCAGUCGAGCCCGGGGCAGCGGCUGCCGGGCCGGGACUGGUGCGCGAGGGGCUGGGGCGGAAGGUCGAGAGGGCGAGGCCUGUGGCACGGUGGGGCUGCUGCUGGAGCACUCAUUUGAGAUCGAUGACAGUGCCAACUUCCGGAAGCGGGGCUCACUGCUCUGGAACCAGCAGGAUGGUACCUUGUCCCUGUCACAGCGGCAGCUCAGCGAGGAGGAGCGGGGCCGACUCCGGGAUGUGGCAGCCCUGAAUGGCCUGUACCGGGUCCGGAUCCCAAGGCGACCCGGGGCCCUGGAUGGCCUGGAAGCUGGUGGCUACGUCUCCUCCUUUGUCCCUGCGUGCUCCCUGGUGGAGUCGCACCUGUCGGACCAGCUGACCCUGCACGUGGAUGUGGCCGGCAACGUGGUGGGCGUGUCGGUGGUGACGCACCCCGGGGGCUGCCGGGGCCAUGAGGUGGAGGACGUGGACCUGGAGCUGUUCAAUACCUCGGUGCAGCUGCAGCCGCCCACCACAGCCCCAGGCCCUGAGACGGCGGCCUUCAUUGAGCGCCUGGAGAUGGAACAGGCCCAGAAGGCCAAGAACCCCCAGGAGCAGAAGUCCUUCUUCGCCAAAUACUGGAUGUACAUCAUUCCCGUCGUCCUGUUCCUCAUGAUGUCAGGAGCGCCGGACACCGGGGGCCAGGGUGGGGGUGGGGGUGGUGGUGGUGGUGGGGGUAGUGGCCGGUGAGGGCCCAGGCUGGUCAGUGUCCCGUCUUGCACACCCAGGGGCCUCCCUUUCUGCUGGAGUCCCCUGUGUCCUCAGCCAUCCCAAGAAGGGUUUGCUGGUCCCUCCUUUCCCCCCAUCCCACGAGGCCACCUGGGCCAGCCCCUUGUCCUCUGCCUUCUGCUGGCAGAGGAGCAGCUGGAUUGGGGCCUUUGGCACAGCAGCCGCUGUCUCCUGCGCCUGCCUCCCCCGUGGCCCCAUGCAGCCCCAGGGGCUUCCCCCCUGCCCAUGGAGUAGAGCCCGAGAUCCUGGCCACUAUGCCAGUUCUGACCUCGCAUCCCCCUACCCCGAGCCCAUGCAGUCUGGGAACAUGCCGCCUUCUCUCCAGCCUCUGUGCCUUUGUUCCAGGUGGUCUCACCCUCCUGUCCCUGGCUGGGCUAGGUGGUCCUGUCCAGGCUCCUGCAGCGCCCCCCUCACUUUGACACUGGACUAGGAUGCAGCCUCCCUUCUGUGUCCCCUUGAGGGUACCCUGGGUCCCCUCAUCAGGGGCAGAGGCAUGAAAGAGUCGGGGCUGGAUGGCCAGGGGCUUCUGGGCCCGACGCCUAGUGCAGCCCCUGGGGUCGUGGUUUGACAUUUGUCUGCCUGGUGCAAACAAGGAAUCCUUGCCUUUAGGGUGACAGGCCCUCCACAGGCUUCCAGACUUGAAGGAAAAGGUUUAAGAAAGAAAACAAAACCAACAGUUAGUGGAGUCAAAACCCAGACACUGUAAAUAGAACCCCCUCCACCACCCCCCGCCGCCCAGCAUCCUACCUGGACUGCGGUGCUACGAGGGCCUGCGGGCCUUUGCUGUGUGCCACCCUCCCUGUAAGUCUAUUUAAAAACAUCGACGAUACAUUGAAAUGUGUGAACGUUUUGAAAAGCUACAGCUUCCAGCAGCCAAAACCAACUGUUGUUUUGGCAAGACGGUCCUGAUGUACAGGCUUGAUUGAAAUUCACUGCUCACUUGAUACGUUAUUCAGAAACCCAAGGAAUGGCUGUCCCCAUCCUCAUGGCUGUGUGAAGCUCAGCUGUGUUGUGUGGCAGUUUAUUAAACUGUCCCCCAAAUCGA